GGAAGUGGCGCUGGGCUGGCUGCGUGGGGACCCCGAGUUUUCAUGUCCUCAGCGGGUGUCACUGGCGGCCCCGCGGCCCCUGGGGCAGAGUUAGCAGGGCAUCGAUAUGAGCUGGUCACCUUCCCUCCCAACCCAGACGUGUGGGUCCUGGGAAAUGAAAGAACGACUCGGGACCGGGGGAUUUGGAAACGUCAUCCGGUGGCACAAUCAGGUGACAGGUGAACAGAUCGCCAUCAAGCAGUGCCGGCAGGAACUCAGCCCAAAGAACAGAGAUCGCUGGUGCCUAGAGAUCCAGAUCAUGAGAAAGCUGAACCAUCCCAAUGUGGUGGCUGCCCGCGAUGUCCCAGAGGGGAUGCAGAGCUUGGCUCCCAAUGACUUGCCUCUUCUGGCUAUGGAGUACUGCCAAGGAGGAGAUCUCCGAAGAUACUUGAACCAGUUUGAAAACUGCUGUGGCCUGCGGGAAGGAGCCAUCCUUACCCUGCUGAGUGACAUUGCAUCGGCACUUAGGUACCUUCAUGAAAACAGGAUCAUCCACCGUGAUCUGAAGCCAGAAAACAUCGUUCUGCAGCAAGGAGAGCAAAGAUUAAUACACAAAAUUAUUGAUCUAGGAUACGCCAAGGAACUGGAUCAGGGCAGUCUGUGCACGUCAUUUGUGGGGACCCUGCAGUACCUGGCUCCGGAGCUGCUGGAGCAGCAGAAGUACACGGUGACCGUUGACUACUGGAGCUUCGGAACCCUCGCCUUCGAGUGUGUCACUGGCUUCCGGCCCUUUCUCCCUAACUGGCAGCCAGUGCAGUGGCAUAACAAAGUCCGGCAGAAGAGCGAAGUGGACAUCGUUGUUAGUGAAGACUUGAAUGGAACAGUGAAGUUUUCGAGUUCCUUACCCUUUCCCAAUAAUCUUAACAGUGUCCUGGCUGAACGCCUGGAGAAGUGGCUGCAGAUGAUGCUCAGGUGGCACCCCCGACAAAGGGGCACGGAUACCCAGUACGGUCCCAAUGGCUGUUUCAGAGCCCUAGAUGACAUCUUGAACUUGAAGCUGGUUCACAUCUUGAACAUGGUCACAGGCACCGUUCACACAUACCCUGUGACUGAGGAUGAGAGUCUGCAGAGCUUAAAGACCAGAAUCCGGGAAGACACAGGAAUCCUGGAGAAAGACCAGGAGCUGCUGCAGGAGGCAGGGCUGGUGCUGCUCCCCGACAAGCCCGCUGCCCAGUGCAUCUCAGACAGCAAGCCAAAUGAGGGCCUCACGUUGGACACGGAUCUUGUCUUUCUCUUUGACAACAGUAAAAUCACCUAUGAGACACAGAUCACCCCCCGGCCCCAACCUGAAAGUGUUAGCUGUAUCCUUCAGGAGCCCAAGCGGAACCUCUCCUUCUUCCAGCUGAGGAAAGUGUGGGGCCAAGUCUGGCACAGCAUUCAAACGCUGAAGGAAGACUGCAACCGGCUGCAGCAGGGACAGCGAGCUGCCAUGAUGAACCUCCUUCGGAAUAACAGCUGCCUCUCCAAGAUGAAGAAUGCCAUGGCCUCCAUGGCGCAGCAGCUCAAGGCCAAGUUGGAUUUCUUUAAAACCAGCAUCCAGAUUGACCUGGAGAAGUACAGAGAGCAGACAGAGUUUGGAAUCACAUCAGAUAAGCUGCUGCUGGCCUGGCGGGAGAUGGAGCAGGCUGUGGAGCAGUGUGGGCGGCUUUUCCAUCAGGAGAAUGACGUGAAGCAUCUGGUGGAGCAAAUGAUGGCCCUGCAGACGGAUAUUGUGGACUUACAGAGGAGCCCGAUGGGUCGGAAGCAGGGGGGCACUCUGGAUGACCUAGAGGAACAAGCCAGGGAGCUCUAUAGAAGACUAAGAGAGAAGCCACGAGACCAAAGAACAGAAGGUGACAGUCAGGAAAUGGUACGGCUGCUCCUUCAGGCAAUCCAGUGCUUCGAGAAGAAAGUGCGGCUGAUUUAUACACAGCUCAGUAAAACCGUGGUGUGUAAGCAGAAGGCACUAGAGUUGCUGCCCAAGGUGGAAGAGGUGGUGAGCCUCAUGAAUGAGGAUGAGAAGACUGUGGUCCGACUUCAGGAGAAGCGGCAGAAGGAGCUCUGGAACCUCCUGAAGAUCGCCUGUAGCAAAGUCCGAGGUCCAGUGAGUGGGAGCCCAGAUAGCAUGAAUCUGUCCCGACUUAGUCACCCUGGUCAGCUGAUGUCCCAGCCUUCCAGUGCCUGUGACAGCUUACCUGAGUCGGCCAAGAAAAGUGAGGAGCUGGUGGCUGAAGCACACGCCCUCUGCACCCGACUAGAAAGCACGCUGCACAACACGGUGAAGGAGCAGGACCGAAGCUUCACGACUCUAGAUUGGAGCUGGUUACAGAUGGAGGAUGAAGAAAGGGGUAGCCUGGAGCAGGCCUGUGACUGAGGCUCCCAUGAACUGGCCCCUGGCUCUGGAUGUGGUGACAUUCUGGUGUCUCCAGCACCCAAGUGGAACCCCCUUUCCCAGCAGCAGUGUGAUGUUUGCCCCCAGCAGCCUAUGCUGGCCCUGUCUACACACUGGACGUCCUCUACCACAGAAGCACAAGAGUGUCAGUUACAGGCACUCAAAGCAGCAAUGCUUCAAAGUUGCUUCCACUGCUAUAAGAAGAAAGCGCAGGGCAGUUUGCCCUGCAGGGCACAUGACAAAUGUCAGCUUGAGUGUUUUCCUGACAGCAGCCAACCUGCCCCCUUUGGACUGCUGGUGGGAAGGAGACCUGCCCUGCCCACCCCUCCUCACCUUACAGCUGGGACAGCAUCUGGAUCCAGCUCUCUUAGAUGGUUAAUCAUAAGUUUGACGACACUGUUUCUUCUUCUUCACUUCUCCCCUGGUAAAUUUUCCUACCUUCUGUGCUGGUCGUUGUAGCAAGUGACCUUUGACUAAGUUGGAGUGAUGCCAGGCUCCCUGCUGUCUGGUCCUUUAAGCCACAGUGUGAGCCAGGCAGAAUGGAAGUGCAGCUACAUUUCUUGAGUCCCAACGUUUACCUGGAAUCGGUUGUCAUGCAAGAAAAAGGAAGAUGAAGGGCUUAUGCCAGCUGCUACCCUACUGAACAGUCUGCCACUCCUUUAUACCUGUCAAGUACAUGUGUGCGUGUAUGUGUGUACAUGCACACACACUGGUAGGAUGAGAUGGUGCUGCCUCUUCCAUCAGCUAGCAGCAUUAUUAAAUUGGUUCAUUUUAGAAAUAGUUUCUAUAUUUUGUAAUAUUACUUCAGAUAUAUAUCUAAUGUUCAAAGGUGUAUUUCUGCCGUAUACCAUCACAAGUACUUAUGACUCAAAAUUCAACAUCAUGGGAAGUUUUAUAAAAUUGAUUAGUGUGUCUAUUUCAUGAGCCAUUUCAACAUCACAUAGAACUUGUGUGUUAUGUGUGUGUGUGAGUGUGUGUGUGUGUAUUUGUGUGUGUGCAUGUAAAAGCAAAACAGGAUCAGGUUAUCAUAAAUGGGCAUAUUUGGUUAGAGGAUAAAUAAAGUUGGAAUGGAGAAAUGCCAAAGUGGCCACCACAGAGACAGUAUGAAGCAUUGAUGGUCAAGUGAGUUCAGAACGUGCUUCGUGCUUUAAUUGUUUCUUAGAGAUUGAUACUAAACACUGGGGAAAGUAUCUGAAAACUCUUCUAAUAAAGAUGCUGGCUGAAGUCCAAUGUCAA